AAAUUAUAACACAGCUUUUCUUUUUAAGGAGUGGUUAUUUGCAAGAUGAUGGGGCAAGUACAAUUCAAGUCACUACUUUUGGAAACUCAAAAUUCCAUAAAGAGUGUUGUGCCUACUGUAGAGAAGAAAAGUAAGAUUCCUACAAGGAUGCAAUAUUUGACUCUAAAAGAAUUUGAAUCAGUUCCAAAAUACAUGAAAGGAAGAAUUCGAUAUGACCAAAUAAACAAGUUUGUAGAUGCCUUUAAUGAUACCAUCACUGCAAAAUACAAGCUCCUUUCUCUGCCUCGCAAAGAAUUAAAGCAAGCUCAGUAUAAAAUGUGCCAGGCUUUGAAACAACAAGAAAAUGAUGAAACUAAAGGUUUUUCUUUUUGUACAGAUGAAGAUCUUAAAAUAUAUGGAAACGUAAAAAUAGAUAAAAUGACAAGUAGUAUGUUAAUAGUUUUACGUCAUUGCUCCAAAAUCAAACUAAUUCGAGGACCUGGAUCUAUUGUGAGAUAUGCAAUUUUAGUAUGAAAAUUGCAUUUUGCAUUGAACAACUAUUUUAUACCUGGCGUAAAUAACUGAGGAAAACAUUUGACAAAGUUAAUCUCUUAAAAUUAAUUUAUCUCAGUUUUCAUGACCCGUGAAGCAUACAUGCCUAAUAACAAUUCACAUGCAUUUUUCUCUUAUUUCUAGUUAAUACUAUUUGUAACUUUAGUUAAUAAAGUAAAAUAAUUCUCUAUUUAGAGGACAUCACA